CCAGCCCCGCCCCGCCCCGCCCGGGGCCCUGACGGGCGCUUCCGCCCCGGAGCCGCAGCGACGCCGGCUCGGCCUUGCUGCUUCACUCGCCUAGCCGCUCUGUGCCGGCGCGGCGCGGCCAUGGCGGACUUCGACGAGAUCUACGAGGAGGAGGAGGACGAGGAGCGCGCGCUGGAGGAGCAGCUGCUCAAGUACUCGCCCGACCCCGUGGUGGUGCGCGGCUCCGGCCAUGUCACCGUGUUUGGACUGAGCAAUAGAUUUGAAUCUGAAUUCCCUUCAUCAUUAACUGGAAAGGUUGCACCAGAGGAAUUUAAAGCCAGCAUCAGCAGAGUUAACAGUUGUCUUAAGAAGAACCUUCCUGUUAAUGUCCGAUGGUUACUUUGUGGCUGCCUUUGUUGCUGCUGUACCUUAGGUUGUAGUAUGUGGCCAGUUAUUUGCCUCAGUAAAAGAACACGAAGAUCGAUUGAGAAGUUAUUAGAAUGGGAAAACAAUAGGUUAUACCACAAGCUGUGCUUGCAUUGGAGACUGAGCAAAAGGAAAUGUGAAACGAAUAACAUGAUGGAAUAUGUCAUCCUUAUAGAAUUUUUACCAAAGACUCCAAUUUUUCGACCAGAUUAGCAUUUAUUUAUAGAGACUUACUCAAGUAUGUUGUCUUUUCCAAUGGUGCCUUGCUUGGUGCUCUCCUGGUGGUGACAUAGCAUUGGUUCUACAGAAUCUUGUGGUGUUUUUGUUCUUCAUUUUGGUUUUUAAUAACAGCAUGUUCUAAGUGCAUUUUGUCAAACUUUGCAAAAGUCAUUUCAUGCAAAUGUUAAAUACUACUUAAGUUAUUACUUGUACUUUUUCUGUUUGUUCACGUAUCUUGGUUUUUUUCAGGCGUGUGUGUGUAUGUAUGUGUGUGUGUGUGUGUGUGUGUAUGUGUGUGUGUAUAUAUAUAUAUAUGUGUGUGUGUGUGUGUGUGUGUGUAUAUGUGUGUGUGUGUGUGUGUGUAUAUGUGUGUGUGUGUGUGUGUGUGUGUGUGUGUAUAUGUAUAUAUAUGUAUAUAUAUAUAUAUAUAUAUAUAUAUAUAUAUAUAAAUAAAAAUACAGCUGAAAUAGUCUACAAGUCAGCAGGUAUUUUUCCCCCUGAAAAUAAUUUAAUCAUUUGAUUGUAAAUUGUAUAAGUUUUAAUGAUGUACCUCAGUAAAACUUCUAUAAACCUCCCCAAAUUUUGCCAGUGACAUUCCAGUCAUAAUUUUUAUUUCUUUUGGGAUAUCAGUCAGCCACCUCCAGUUUGUAUAGUGAGAUGCAUUUGCUUUUGAAACUAUAUUUUUUGGAACCCAGAUGUCACUGCACCAUUACAAGUCUCUUUACUGUUUAAUGAAGAGAUCCUGUCAGCUGGUUCUGAGGAAGAUCUACUUUAAUAGUUAAUAAACCAGAAGUAUAAUUAUUUUACUUAGACUAGAAGAAACACUGAAGGAUUUGCAUGCAUCUUGUGAUUUGUAGAGCUCAGGAUCACAAAAAUACACUAGUAUUGCAACUUAAUGUAUAUAUUAUACGACAGGCUAAUGCCAUAUAACAGCUUUACUCUUAUUGUUUACCAGCUAUUGUACACAGGGGUGCAAAAUAAUUGUUUCAGUAAAUUUAUUAUCCAGGAAAGUCUCUUUCAGUAGCUCAGAAAAAGUUACCUGGUAGGCAAGUGGGUUUGAGAGAAAUCUUGAACAUUACAGUUCAGGUCAAAAUGCAGAUACAAACAGAUGCUAUGUAGCUCAAAGUCAAGUCAGGUAUGCUGGACAAUAAUGAAGACUUUAUUUACUGCACCCUGGUUUCUGCUCAUUCUGGUUUACAGAGUUUUUUCUGCACAGGUAUGUUUUUUUAACUGAAUACAUGAUGUAAUGCUUGGGUCAGGUCAGUUGUAUUUAAUUCCUUUAACUUAUCUCUCUUGGUUGUACAUAUCUUAACACACAUUUUUCUUUUAAUAGCUACUCAAUCUUUAAGUAUAUAUUUGAAAGUACUGUACAUGAACUGUGCUGUACAGUACUGUACAUGAACUGUGCUGUACAGUACUGUACAUGAACUGUGCUGUACAGUACUGUACAUGAACUGUGCUGUACAGUACUGUACAUGAACUGUGCUGUACAGUACUGUACAUGAACUGUGCUGUACAGUACUGUACAUGAACUGUGCUGUACAGUACUGUACAUGAACUGUGCUGUACAGUGUAUUCUAAUAAUUUGCUCCUCUAAUGGCUGUGGUAGCAAGCAAUAAUGUGAAUAACUAUGAAAAACAAAUUAUACCCUGCUUAAUAUUUGUAUGAAUGGAAAGUUGACACCACUAGAAGAAUAACAUCCUCUUUUUAAUCUUUUAAAUAUAAGUUUCAUUUUUUGCAGUAAUAUACAUAUCUUCAUGUUGCAAACUAUUUUUAUAUGCUUCUUCAAAAUAAUUAUUCUAUAUAUAUCUUCCAGUCAGUGUUAUAGUCUCCAUUAUUUGAUAUCAGAAGCUGUCUAGAAGGUGUUAAGAGCUCUCUUAAUCUGUGUUCUCCAUACAUGCCUCAAACUUGAGAUCUUCCAUUACUCAACUUCUGUCUUAUUUCAGACUUUGAAAAUAGCUCUGCCUCUAUUUCUUGUGUUAUGUUUUAUUGUACCAAAGUUCUCAGUUGACUAUGUAAAAUAAAUUAUGACCUAAUUAUAAUGAAACCCCAUGGGAUUGUAAGACAAGUUCAUUGGAAGAGGGUGUUUGCUAUAAUAGGGUUAGUCAGUUCACUAUAUUGUAACAAUUGCAACAGCAGGAACUGCAUUUUUUCAUUAUGACAAGUGGGGGUUGUUAUAAUGAGGCUGUAGAUGUUUCUCAGAGGUAGUGUUGUACAUUUAUAAUCUUUUCCAGUUCUGGGUGAUAUGUCAUCUGUAUGGAGAAAUACCUGUGGGUAUGCCUACACUGUAGUCACUGCUGCACCUGUAGCUCGUGGAGAUCUACUCAAGUUAGCUUUAAAUUAGCUAGGUCAGGUACUGCUAAUAAUGCAGCUGCAUAGUAUGCAGUUCACACAGACUGGCCACUUGGUUAUUUUCCCAGGUUCUCUAGGUUUUGCAGCUGUGUUGAGUUCUGUACUAGCUCAAGUGUACUGUCAAUACUACUAGGGUUACCAUAUUUCUAGGUCCAAAAAAGAGGACACCUGUCACUGGGGGUGGGGGGGGGCAGGAGGGGGGUAGAAUAUGAUGAUGGGGGGAGGGGUGCCCUGUCCAUUCUUUUGCCCCUCACUGACAAGCCACCUACCCCCGCUCCCAUCCCUGCUGUUGCCCCUCACUCUGGACCCACUGACCCCAGCACUGCCAGUGCCCCUCCCUCCCAAACAGCAGUACCCUGGCCCCUACCUCUUGGCGCCCUUUACUCUGAACCCGCAGCCCCUGGUGCUUCCAGUGCCUGGCUCACCCAACCCACAAUCACCCAUCCCAUCCCCUGUGCCCCUCUCCCUACCUGCAGCCCCUGCCCCCCUACCAGUGCCCCUCACUCCUGACCUGUAAUCCCUUGCUCCUCAGCCCUGCUAGUGCCCCUCACCCCCGACCUGCAGCCCCCCAGUAGCUCAGGCAGUGCCUCUCACCCCCGAUCUGCGGCUCCUGCCCCCCCAAACCCUGCUGGUGCCCCUCACUCCCCACCCACAGGCCCCCCUACCUAGUGAUGCCCCUCACUCCCAACCCUGCUGCCCAAGCAGCUCCUGCAUUGCUAUCUCACUCUCCAUCCCUCCCUCCCUCCCCCUGGCUGUUUUUUGCUGUUCCUCUGCUCUGUUCCUCUGUAAGCAGCUGGCGUGGAAAGGCAGAAGAACAGCAAAAAACCUGGACAUUUUGCUCUUAUUUUAAAAACCCACCUGGACGCAGCACGGGGCCAAAAAAGAGGACAUGUCUGGGGAAACCCGGAUGUAUGGUAACCCUAAGUACUACCCAAGCUCACUAGAUUGAAGCUAGCAGUGACUGCAAUAUACAUGUAUCCUGACUGGUUUAAAGGCUUACAAGGGACGUAUACCAAGUGAAAACUUCAUAUGUGGUACUGUCCUGUCUCAAGAAUGUGACUGGUCAGGUGUGGAAUUUGAAUUAAAAUUACUGUAAUCCAGUUGGUUAACAGACUUUGUGGCUAAUUUUUUUCUUAAAUCUCUGGGUUGCCCCUUGAAAUUUCCAUUGUAAAGUAAAGGUCCAAAAGAAGCUCUUAUCCUUUUGUAGGUCACUGACUCUGGAAUUUCAUCAUAUAAAGGAUGUGUUAAAAUAUCUGAAAUCAUGCUUUAAGAAUCAAUUCUCAUCAAACUCAAGGUCUCUGACUGGGGGUGGCAUAUAGGGAAAUAGGCAUUUGGGAUCAUAUAGGCCGUUAUGCUUGACCAGGAUUCUCAAAUGCUUGUAGUUUUCUUGACAGGCAAGCCCAUUCGUCUAGUUAUAAAAUUUCUUUACACAAGUCCUUAAGCCUCUGAGCAAGAAUCAUAGAAAUUGGAGAUGACCAAGACAGCAAGUCAUUGAGUUAAUCUCUGUAGUGCACUGUAGAGAAUUUUUAAAAUAAAUUUUAAUCUCCAAAAUUCUGUUUGAGCUAUAGUUACUUUACAUGUUUCUAACAAUGGGGUUUAUGCUACCUUCCAUGCCCUAAUUUGGGCAGACCAGAAAACAAUGGUAAAGGGAAACAAAGUAUUAAAGAGACUAUUUGCUUUUAAUGGGGGUGUGGGGUGUGUAAGCCUUUUGCUUUUCUGAAGGAUAUAUUUGUGCUAUUGUUUAUAGAAGAAGUGCUCAACCCCCAGCCUGUUGUCCAGGUCCAGCCCAUGAAGACAUGUCAUCCAGCCUGCGAUGAUCCCCACAGUUCCAACAGUUUGGGGGUGGGGGAACAGUGCAGUGUUAAUUGCCACUCCCCAACUGUCAGAUUUCUGGACCUAUGGAAAUCCCAGUGGGCUGGAUAGUGUGGCUCUGUGUACUAGAUUGGACAAACAGAAUGGCCCCGUGCCUGUCACAAGGCCGAAAGGUCUGAGCACCACUGCUUUAUAUAAAUGUAAAGCAUUUAACACACUAGGAUCGGAUUUGUUAGACUUCUAGCAAUGCUAAUAAUUAGUUAACAGUGCUGCUCAUCUAUACCAUUCAUCAAUAUUUGCUUGAUCAGUGAAGACUGGCUACCCUCUUGGUAUAUUUCAUCUUUAAUUUACAUAUGUAUCUACUUAUGCCUAUUUCAUCCUUAGGAGAAAACACCUGGUGAUAAAAGCAUCAAUGGCUAUCUGUGAUAGUUGAUUAUAAGCAUAGUUGCCUUUGACUGUUUGGCCAAGACUUCCCUUCCUUUUUUUGUAAACACUGACAUUUGGUAAGCCCCUUAGUGAGGGUAUUUUAACUAUAUUUAUGCAUAUAAAUAAAUUAAAACCUUUCAGAAUAUCCAUUAGAAUAACAGUUUUUCAUAACUGUAUUGGAUUCUGAGAACUUGUAGUUGGCUACUAAAUGACAUGUGAAAGGGUUCAAAAUUAUUUUGAUUUUUUCCCCCCUCAAAAUUUACCAAUUAAAUGUUGUCAGCUCAUAAUUUUAUAGCAAGUUGCAUAAUAUUUAGGGCUUUUUCAUAAUGCUUCAACUCCUGAAAACACAUGAAUAGGUGUAAAGGUCAGCUUCUAUUUUUUUAGGUUAAUGUGACAGCUCUCAUUGCUGCAGACAAGGUUUUAAGCACUAAAGGCUCAGAAACCAGAAGGCAAAGAAAAAGCACUCCGAAUUUAUUCUUUUUAACACUCAUAAUUUUCACACUAGUCACAUGACUUUUGUAGCCUGAUUUAUGAUUUUUGAACAUUUGGGGUUGGCAAUCCUGAAAAUUACCACAUUUUUCAAAUACAGGUUUCCUUUGCUUUAUGCUGUACAUGCAUUCCUGGAAAAUGGUGCAUAACUCAAAUUCGCAUAAAGGGAAUCCACUUUACAAUGUAAUAAAUAUCGGAGACGUUUCAAGACGUCGACUGUACUGACCCCCAGACCCAUUUCUACCCCUUUUUACAGGACAGUUUUGGUACUUCCCAACAGCAGACAAUACACACAAGCACAAGGCACUAUCAUAAUGGGGAUAGCAACUACAGAAACACGUGUCGCAGACAACAAGCGAGGAGCACAGAUCCACACAGAAGACUAUAUUUGGGUGUGCAUCACUCCCACAAUGCACAGCACAAAGCAGCUUUCACCACAUGGAUUGUAUAAGAGUGAAUUUACCUCACAUAUAAUGAUUUUUUGGUAUAAAAAGGGUCAUCACAUAAGAGCAAAUUCACACAUACAGAACCUGCAUGAAUCAAGGGAAACCUGUACUGAGCAAUUUAAACAAGUUCCUUAACUAAAGUGUUUAUAUCUGAAGCAAACAGUCUAAGAUUACUAAAAUCCCUGCCCUUUUUCUGCAAAGACCUGUCAGUAUACUCAGAAGUAGAUAUAGUAUAUUCAAAGUACUUCAUUUGGAUAAAUAAAAGAAAUACGAUGUUAUGUUAAGGGCCUUUUAAUUCCUAUAUGAGAUCAAAACCCAGAAGUUUCUAAAGUAAAAUUGUUUAUAAUUAAUAAUGGAUGCACCUUAGUCCCAGAAGUUGUUUUGGAUUCCUUGUAGGAAUUCAGUCAGUAUGAGAGGUGCUUUCAGUCUGGCUGGCUUUGGAUCCACGACUAAAACCACUUAUGCUUCUGCUUGAAUAAUUUGCUAAUGAAAAGACAGUAUUUCAGAAGUAAAAUCUGUAUUCAUUGCCACUAAUUUGCUGUAAUUUCUGUGAUUUUCUUCCCCAGACCCACAUGGCAUUGCCAUCCCACGCAGCUUUCUAAGUAUAGUGUUUAAUUUCUGUGUUAGCCAUACCUCUGAAGAAAAAACUAAUUCCCCAAAACUCUUAGGAAAAAUUAAAACAAAAGUAGUAGGCUGUUCAUAUGAAGUUUUAUGAAAUUGCAUCUGAAAAGAUGAUGUGGACUUAAGUGUGUAUGACUGUUUCAGAAUGUUGUUGAACUAUGGCCACAAGAGCCUACAUCACACAGGAUGUUAGACCGACAUAAGCAUUUUAGAACUUCAGAAUAAGAGAAAUAAAUCUAUUUGCUUUAUUUGAGCCCUUAAACAUGGAACUAAGAAAUUCCAAUGACUUUCUCCCUGGAAAGCAUUUCCUAUCAAUUCUCUUUCUAUGAAAGGUGUAGCAUAGUGAGGAGAUUCUGGAGGUGGUGAAAAUGGUUGUUUUUUGUCACAGAUACAACAGGGAGAAGUAUAGAAGCAAACAUUCUCCUUAAUGCAUGAAGUAGCUCAUGUGCUGUUCCCAUUAGUGCAGUGCUGUAGAUCUCAGGCCAAAUUAAUGUGUUCUGAUUUAUGGAUAACAGUUCUUGGUAGCAUGUCUAGCUUCACACUUUACUGUAUUGUAUACUGACAGUCAACAUUCAGCAUGGUUUGGUGCAUCUUAAAACUACUUAAAAGGCCUUUUAAAACUGGAAUGGAGCUUUAAAGCUACCUUUGCUUUUAGCCCAUCACAUCUGGAUGCAACCAGUUUUCAUAAUAAGAGGCUUUUUUUUGUUUGGUAGAAGAAGCCCUUUUAAACAUUUAAUCCAGGCAUGUGUCCUUUGAUACUGCUUCAUUAAAAUCAGUUUGUCUCAGAGUAUUUGUGAAAGCUACACAAAUAAGGCAGGGGUGCAAUCAAGAUAAUUAUAGUAAGUUUUAGUGGGAAGGCAAGGUGCAAGAUACCAAAACUGUCUUGAGUUUGUCUAUAUAAAAUGGUAUUGAGGGAUGAUAGUUAUAUUGAAGUUAGUAGAAUCCUUUGUAGGAAUUUGCGUAGACUUUUAAUUCCUGCUACUACAUUCUAGGUUUUGGGCGAGUGCAACAUUGACCUCUUGGCUGUACUCUAAUGAAUGGUAAUUUCUUACAUUGUAUUUCUUAUAAAGAAAGUUUCCCUCUUAAAGACAGAAUCUUCUAGUGUUCUGAAAACUGGUCCCCCUUAGCUUAAAUUUUUUAAGUGUCCAUAUAAAAAGGAGUUAUUCAGGAAAGCUGCCAGCUUUAAAUAUUUACCACUCUCUUCCAAGGCUGAAGACUAUAAUGCAUGGCUAAUUGUUUCCAAAAAAAUUUCCUAACUUGUCACAUGACAGGAGCUGUCUGGACUAUGUAACGACCCAAGAGCAGGGUCUGGUGGGAAUUAACUUAAGUUCAGAUAAGUUAGGAAGAUUUAGUAGUCAGCUAUCUUGAACUGCUGUCAGAUGUUCACCUUCGAAGGACAGAAACUACGUUUUAAAGUAUUCCUUGCGAUUUACUUUCAUUUCCAUAUGUUAUUUUGAAUGUUAUUUUGCCUUGUGUUAAAUUCUAAAACCAGUGAUUGUAACCCAAAAUUUUCUUUCAGUUUCUAUGAAAUGUAUUUUAAAUUUCUUAAACCAUUUUAUAGACCAUAUUAUAGAUCAGAUAUACUGGUACAAUGAAAGAAUAAAGUAUUUUCAGGUG